GGCAUUCAGGGAGAGGAGGGAACGACAAGAGGAGCGGCGGCAGCCGGAGGGUCGUGUGAAGUACCAAAGUCCGAAAUCUGGAUGAAAGUCUUGUGGGGGGUUUUCCUGCGUGGGGGUGAAACUUUCAUCUGACUCUCUUGGAAGUUUAUAAAAACGCGUGGAAACGGGAUUUGGAUUUGGAAUACUAAUGCGCGGAUAAACGUUACUUUGGAAUCUUCCUGAACACCGACGCCGUGUCCGUUAAAUGUCGGGGAUUAAAAAGUUUCUGUGUGUUUACUGAAGAGGCGGCUUCCACACAGCCCCCCACCCCCAUCCCCCACCGACCCUGGAAAUAACAACUCCCUGAAAUAAAGAGAGCAGGAGCGGGAAACUAAGCUGCAGAGAUCUUUCUCUCCUUUUAUCUCUCCUGGUGCUCAGAGGAAACCUCACUGAGGAGUUUUUAUCUUCACUUUGCUUCCUGGCUGUCAGCUGAGCGUCACAGGGAGGAAGUGGAGGUCUCACCUGAGGCAGGUGCACGUCACCGGUGCUCAGCAUGAGGCCCUGAGGAGGCGGCGGGAUUUUCUGUAAAGCUGGUUGGAUUUUAAGGAGGAGGAGGAGGGAGCAUGGGGAAGGAGCAGGACCUCCUGCAGGCGGUGAAGAGCGGAGACCUGCUGUCCACCCAGAAGCUGCUGUCCAAGCUGAAGACCAACAGGAACAAGCUGCUGGGCUCCACUAAGAGGCUGAAUGUGAACUUCCAGGACUCAGAUGGGUUCUCAGCGCUGCACCACGCCGCUCUCACAGGGACGAGCGAGCUGCUGGCGGCGCUGCUCGAGGCUCAGGCCACCGUGGACAUCAAGGAUAGUAACGGAAUGCGCCCGCUGCAUUACGCAGCCUGGCAGGGAAAAGCUGAGUCGGUCCUGAUGCUGCUGCGCUCCGGAGCCUCGGUCAACGGCGCCUCACUCGACGGCCACAUCCCGCUGCACCUGGCUGCUCAGUACGGACACUACGAAGUGUCUGAGAUGUUGCUGCAGCAUCAGUCUAACCCGUGUCUGGUGAACAAAGCCAAGAAGACUCCUCUGGAUCUGGCCUGUGAGUUCGGACGAGUUAAGGUGGCCCAGCUGUUGCUGAGCAGUAACAUGGUGGUGGCGCUGCUGGAGGGCGAGAGGAAGGAGCCGACGGACUCGGCCUUCACCACCCCGCUGCACCUCGCCGCUCGCAACGGGCACAAGGACGUCAUACGGCUGCUGCUGAAGGCCGGCAUGGACAUCAACAAGACCACCAAGUCUGGAACGGCUCUGCACGAAGCGUCGCUGUACGGGAAAACCGAAGUGGUCCGACUGCUGCUGGACGCCGGAGUGGACGUGAACAUCCGAAACACCUACAACCAGACGGCGCUGGACAUCGUCAACCAGUUCACCACCUCGCACGCCAGCAGGGACAUCAAGCAGCUGCUACGAGAUGCGACGGGCGUUUUGCAGGUCAGAGCUCUGAAGGAUUACUGGAACCUCCACGAUCCCACCGCUCUCAACAUCCGGGCCGGAGACCUGAUCACGGUGUUGGAGCAGCACGUGGACGGGCGCUGGAAAGGCCACAUCCACGACAGCCAGAGAGGGGUGGACAGAGUGGGCUUCUUCCCUCCGACCAUCGUGGAGGUCAUCAGCAGGAGGAACGGGGGCACCCUGUCCCGGCACGCCUCUCUGCCCACCCAGCGCCAGCAGCUGCUGUCCAGAGCCCCCCUCUCCUCCAGCCUCAGCUCCGCCCCUCAGACCGACGACUCCUACACUCUGUAUGCACCCCCCACCCACGUGGUGCUGCCGCUGCCCAACGGCCUCACGACCAGCACAGCUGGAGACAGAAACAGCGUCGGGAGCACCGGCAGCGUGGGCAGCACCCGCAGCGCCGGCAGCGGGCAGAGCACUGAGAGCAGCCACGCCCCCAACGGACUGCAGCACCAAGCCAGUCACCAUGACAACAAGGCGGCGCCCUCUGCUGUUGAUCCGGGGCAGUCUGCAGACUUUAGCAGGCCGGCCGAUCAUCCUGCAGGCGGGACUCCUCGGAGGCAGACAGUGACGGUGCAGAGACCUGCAGAGCAGAGCUUCUCCCAGCAGUUUGUUCGUCCUCAGCAGCUGCUGGAGGGGAAGGAUGCAGAAGCCAUCUAUCAGUGGCUGAGUGAGUUCCAGCUCGAACAGUACACCGGAAACUUCCUGAACGCUGGAUAUGAUGUACCGACCAUCAGCAGGAUGACCCCUGAGGAUCUCACGGCCAUCGGAGUGACCAAACCAGGACACCGCAAGAAAAUCUCCAUCGAGAUCAACAACCUGAACAUCCCCGAGUGGCUGCCAGAGUACAUCCCAUCUGAUCUCUGCGAGUGGCUCAGUGCCAUCGGCCUCCCGCAGUACCACAAAAAACUCUCAGAAAAUGGCUAUGACUCCAUCAGCAUCGUCAAAGACCUCACCUGGGAGGAUCUGCAGGAGAUCGGCAUCACCAAGCUGGGCCACCAGAAGAAGCUGAUGUUGGCAGUUAAGAAGCUGUGUGACAUCCAGAGAGCGAUCCUUCAGGCUGAAUCAGGCCAAGGCACGCUGCGACGCAAAGGUCCCGGAGCCCUUCACCUGGUCGCCAUUGAGGCUGACGCUGGCAGCGAAUGCUCUUCGCCUCACACCCCGAAGAUGCUGACCUUCCAGGACAGCGAGCUGAGCGCCGAGCUUCAGACAGCAAUGUCAAGCCACUACGGAGGCUGCGAGGAAGGUUUGGCCAUCAAGAAUGCGGUAGGGAUGUCCCAGAGCCAGGAGAGCAUUGACACCCGGUCCAGAGGGUCCGGACGCUCGCAGGAGCCUCCUACAGCCUCCAUCACCCCCCAGAACUGGUCCCAGGAGAGCCUGGAGGGCAGCCCCGCCAAGGAGAGGAAUCUUCCUGAGGGAUGGGACCAGAGGCCCCUACAGCAGCAGCCUCUGCCAAAACAGGUUCCUCUGGGUACGGCCACUGUGUUCAAGUACCCGGCCAUCCCAGCAAAGCCCAAACUGCCUGGAUCCCAAGGCACCUCCCCUCAUGGCUCCCCAACCCUAAAGGGGUUCAGUUACCUGUACUCUCAGUGCGGUUCCACAGACCUGAACUCGUCUCCCAGGCACCAGAACCACGCUAUGACCCUGACACCACCCAACAAGCGCACCCAGAGCAUGACCCGCUACGCUCUGUCAGACGGAGAGCCCGAUGAGGACGAUGAGGAGCUGAUGCGUGCUGGAAACGUGCCAUCUUACGCCACUUUGACGCGCAAGCCCGGCCGCAACCAGCUGGCUCGACUGCAGCCAGACAAAAAUGGCAGCGUGGGACGCAGUCAGUCAUUUGCUGUCCGUGCCCGGAAAAAAGGUCCCCCUCCUCCUCCCCCAAAGAGACUGAGCUCAGUGAGCAGCACCACCAGUGGCGAGCUAAGCGACAGCAGCACGACUUCGUCCUCUGGCGGCAUAGUGACUGACAGUCCGGGGAGCGUGCGCAGCAUCGCAGCUUCCCUGGAAAGCGGCGCAGAGGGGAAGAGCAGCUCAGGGUCCACACCAGAUAUUGUGCGGCAUGAGGCUCCAUCUCCCUCCCUCAGCUCCGAGGCUGCAGGAGUAAGGAGGAGGGUGAAGAGCCAGUGUGUUUCCACCGAGAACAACGGCAGCACUAAGCAGGACCGAGGGGUCAAAUCAGACUCCGAGGAAGAAGAGUCAAACGGUCAUGGACUGGAACGCUCCUCGUCACCUCAGAACAGCUCCAGCGAGUGCAUCCCCUUCGCCGAAGAGGGCAACCUGACCAUCAAACAGAGGCCCAAAGCUCCAGGUCCGCCCAGGGCUGAGGCCGUGCUGGAGCCUCCUGAUAAGCCAGCGGCCAAGAAUCUGGAGGUGCCGGAGUUUAAUCUGAAGGAGUCGGACACGGUGAAGCGCCGACACAAACCCAAAGACAAGGAGCAGGGAGAAGGGUCCCCCAGCAGAGAGGGAGCAGGGGCCACCGAGCCUGAGUCUGGCAGCAGGAGGCCUCCAUCCCUGAACCCGGAGGUCAGUCUGAGGAUUAGUGAGACCAACGUGGAGAGGCCAGCCAGUCCAGCAACUGGUUCCCCCAUUAAACCUCCUCUCUCCCCAAAACCUGCUGUUGCCCCAAAACCUGUCCGGCACAGUCUGCUGGCUUCACAGGGACUGUCGUCUCCUACUGUGACAGUCAGUGUGGUUCAAAGUCUGGCCUUCGCCUCUCCAUCCUCACCCGCCCACGGGCCUCCAGCUCCAUCCACUCAGGCCCCCCAGAGCCCGUCUCUGGCAGCUGGGAGGUCUCACAUAUAUGCAUUGGGUCCAGGUCUUCCCCCUGAGCCGUCCAUGGGGGUGGAGGUGGCUCAGCAGAGACUGGACCAGACCAGCACAUCUCUGGCAGCAGCUCUAAAAGACGUCGAGAGAAAACUGAACGUGGGGAACAGCUCUGACAGUGGACCGAGCCAAGUGAGGUCUGCAGGAACCAUUUUGGACGACAUCGGCAACAUGUUCGAUGACCUGGCCGACCAGCUGGAUGCCAUGUUGGACUGAAAUAAACAGAAAGCCCAACGUAAACCUCAGGAAGUGACAUAUGGAAUAAGAAGAAGGCCUGCCCAGUGGGAGGAGCUACUGCCUCCGCCUGAACACCAGCACUUAGUCAAACGGAGUCGUCUACAUUUCUAACCCACAGCUGUGUCUGGUUUCUGGUUCCAGGUCGGCGUGGCUCUUUAGUGUCUUUUCAAAGAUAAACUAAGCUAACGUUGAAGGAGCACACUGCAAGGAGAAACCCUGAGCUGAAUAUUAUAUCACUGUUAAACACGAAUACUGUAACAUGAAUUUUUAUGCUUCGGACAUCAAAGGGCACAAAAGUCUCGCCAUCACCUGCUGUCCAGCUCCGGCUCCCACAGCUUCCUGAUAAAAGACCUACUACAGACCAUAAUACUGGUUACCAGUCAGAAUGAUGAACUAUGACUGCAUGUAUGAAAUAAGAGUGGAGUUCAUGGUUGGUACCAUUUUUGCUGUGUGGAUACUGAAUAAAUGUUGGAAACUCAUCGUGCUAACGAGCAGUAAAAACAGUGAAGUACUUUAGCUCUUACGUAAUAGAGACUUCAGCAGGCAGAGACGAGGUAAGCUCAGAAACCAACGCUUUCAUUCAGUGGCCUUCCAUUAACCCGAGGAUCGUACUACCAGAGCAAUCAUUUCCAAAUCAGGCACUUGAAUCAUCAGAGGGCCCAAACUAAGCAACGGCACACCACACCGACUGUCAGUGGGAAAAGAGACUAUUGACUGUGUAUUUCUGCAGGGAAGCUGAUUCCUUUUCCUUUUUUUAACCAGCAUCUAUUGGUAUCAGUGGCACUCAUUAUAAAACACGUCCUCGGUUUUUUGAGCAGUGGCAGCUUCUGUCAUAGAGCACUGGCACCAUCUCUGGGACUUUUUGGCCUCUUUUAGCUCCUAGUUUUGGUUUCUAGAACAUUUCGAGUUUGAGUUUCCAGUAGCAGUAAUGAAAACUCUGAAAAACACUAAAUGACUUGCUCAACAUCAACACCAAAAAUGGAGCUAAAAGAGAAUGUGGACGACACGUAUAGUCAAUAUGUGCCACCUAUGAGGUUGCCAAUCAGUAAGUGUAAACUUUUAAAAUGAAAUGUAUUUUCAAGUGACCAUUUAAAUAUAACUUUAUAUGCAAGCAGACUGAAUUUUCUGCUCUUUUCCUUUGACUGUGCUCAAAACCUGUCAUUCGUGUUCCUGAAAUCGGGAACUGUUGUAACCUGAAUCUGUAGUUAUCGUACUUUGUUUUCUUGCUGCUGAAACAAAACCUGGAUGGUCUUCGACUGUUUUUACUCUGUCGAACCAUUUCAAAUUUUACCUUUGUAAUAUUUAAAGAAAUCUAUUUUAUACAGAUAUUAACCCUGUGUAAUAAGUUCCCGCUCAGUGUGUCUGCGAUGGUUAAAAUAACCUUUUUCUACGCGUAUGUGUGUUUAUGAACACCUGUAAAAGUGCUCGACUGUGUUGUUUGUUCAAAGGGAAGAAAAGCAUAUUAAGCUCAUUUCACGUGUGGACAGCUGACCACAGCAUGGGACACUUAUAUAUACAUGUUAUUUUUUUAUAUUCAUUUUAGCCAAAUUAGUAUUUAAAUUAGAGUUAUCUAAAUAUGUAUAUUGUACACUAGUAGAAGUAUAUACAGGAGUACAUAUCCAACCAAAGGUCUGUACAGAUUUUCAUAAACAUUUCCUUUAAAAGAAAAUGAGUGAAAUUUGGAGCUGUUACGCUUGUCGUUAUUGCAAAAUGCUUCUGAAAUGUUAUUUUCAUGUCUAGCCUGCAGUGUAUGGAUACAGUGUCCAUAUUUAGCAUGCUAUAUUACCAUGCUUGCUCUGAAUGUUUCAUUUGUGCGCUGUCUGUUGUUGUCCCGUCGUUGUGUGGUCUCUGUGUGAAUGAGAUGCUCUGCUUUGGAUUUGUGAUUCUCAGGAAAAUCCCUGUAUGCAUGGCUGCUCCAUGACUCCUGUUCCCAAUAUGCCAGACUAAGAUUUCCAUCUCAGCUGGCCAAACAGAUGGCAGCAGUACCACUUUUGUUUUGUUUAUUGGUUAAUCUUAAAAGGUUAGCGGCUCCGUGAUAUAAAAGUUUUGCUGAAACGUGUUUGAAAUCAAAGUAAUGUUCCCACUGUGGCUGGGUUACUGGCAAAUACUCCAUUCAGGGCCAGUAACAAAAAAGGUUUUAAGGUGGUGUUUGAAGUUUAACAUAGCUAUUUAUGAAGCACCCAAGUACUAACAUCCUUAACAGGUGUUACACACACAUAUAAAGCUGGAUAUCAUCAGCACAGAAGGUCAUGCAGCUGUAUUUUCAGAUAUUUGACUGUACAGGGCAAAUAAAGAGGACCCAGGAGGAUUCCCUGAGGAGUUCCCCACAUUAACGAUAGGCCAGUGCAUCCGUUAUGACAUGUCACCUUUUUAACAUUUUAGCAAUAAUUUUAAGUCUUUCAUACAACCUGCUUUUGUCUAUCAAUGUUUUAUAUCAGAGCUUAAAACGUGUUAUUUUUUUCUUCUACCUUACGGAGCUGCGUUGGAAAAACAGAAUCACUGAAACAUGAUCUUCCAAAAUAAUCUCCAGAAACAGUAAAUAUGUAAUGGGUCAAAGUGUAGUGUGUUGUCGAGCUGGAUGAUAUCUGUGUGUGCGCUGCUGUUUUUUUGGGGGGUUUUUUGGGGGGGGGGUGUUCUUUUGUCCUCUGAGCUGUUUGUUUAACCAUUAAAUAUACAUAC